AUGAAUUAUACCUUUCUAACGAAACUGAUAGAAAAAGGAAAAAAUAAGCAUGAUUUUUUAGCUGAUUUGACUUUUUUAAAUAUGCACAGAAAAUAGUAUAUAAGCAUAAGAAUAAUGAAAGCAGCUCAAGGAGCAAUUAUAAUGAAGAAAUGAUAAAAAAGGCCGGUCUAGAUUUAUACAUCUCAGAAAAUAUUCAUCUUACUGACCUGCUACGAGUUGAAUACAAAAUUGAGGCUACUUACCAAUUCAUUCAACAUUACAUCAGGUAUUUUUUAUAUAGAUUUAUUGCCUCAAGAGAAAUAAUUUUGCUAUCAAACAUCCCAGUUGAUUUAAAUUUGUGGGAAAAUUACAAUUUUUUAGUUUUAACAGGUGAUUGAAAAUUCUUUUUAUUGAAAAAGGAAUUAACAAUUAUUAAAGUUAUUUGCGUAGGCUUUAAAGAUAAUUUCACUGAAGAAAUUUUAAAAAUAUGCAUAUUAUGAUGGGGAAGUUUUAUAAAAAAAUUAGUUAUUUUAUAUAUUAUUUUUAAAAAAAAAGAAAUAUUUAGUUUAAAUUAAAUAGAAGAUUCUAUUCCUUAUAGAGCUAAAAUUGAAGUCCAAAAAGUGAUUUUAAGUGGAGAAUAUCCAAAGUCUUACAGUAUCGUCUUAGCGGCAAAAUGAAUUUUAAAUGGACAAAGGAUUGGAAAUGAAAUAAAGGUAACAGAAGAAGGGAUACUCAUGAUAAUAGAAGAAAUUAAAAAUUAUAUUUUAUCUUCCUCACAAAUUUCCCAAAAAAAAUUGUCUUCUUUGCUUCAAGAAGCUGGAAUUAUUUUUAAAAAUAAAUCUGAAAAGCUGCAUGAAAAAACAAUAAAUCCUAUCACACAAUGGCUAAAUUCUAAUCAAAAAAUCCCUGAAAAAGUUACUUACAAAAUCCUAGAAAAACCGUUAUUUGAUCUUCUCUCAAUUGAAUCUAAAAAAGCUAAUUCCUUUCUCUUUAACAGUGAGCAAAGCCAUUGAAAAAGUCAUAUGUUUAACAAAGUUAACCCUCUUACUCCCCCCCCCUCGAAGUUCGACCAAGAUAUAGGGAAAAUUCCUAUUUUUUUGGAAAAAUUAAACCCCCCUCAAAGUUCGACCAAGACCUAUAUAAAUUUACUAGGAAAAUAAGCAAUUUUUCAAAAAUUUUAAACUAUGUGGGGUGAGCUUGCGAUUUUUGUAUUCAAGUUCUAAAAAAGCGUUACAAAACCAUCUUGCACUAUUUUUUCUAACCCUUACACCCUCUCAACCAUACACAGAAAUAUGAUAAAUAUUUUUUUUUUUUUAAAAAAAAUUUUUCUUAACCCCCCUCGAAGUUCGACCAAAAAAAUCUUGGUCGAACUUCGGGGGGGGGGGAGUUAGAGCAAGAAAAAAUUAUUUACCCCCUUUUCAUGAGCGAACAAAACCAUUAGAAAAUCCCUAUUUUUUCCCAAAAGUACGCUCUUUGUCAGCGAGCAAAAAAUUUGGUUGAUAUAUAAAUGAUUAUUAGUUAAUGAAAUUUCUAGCUAAUUCUGUUUAAUUUUUAAACAAAUUCAUUUAAAACAUAAAUUUUCAAAUCAAAUAAAUAUUUGCUUUUCAAUUUUUGUGAAUUGGGAAUUUUUUUUAAAUUUCGAAAAAAAAAUUUACUAUAAAAUUCAUAUAUAAUUUUUUUAAAAAAAAAUAACCCCUCUCCACGAGCGAACAAAUUUUUUGUUUGCUCACAAAGGGUGGAGUUAGUAUAAAGCUUAUUUAAAUAAAUAAUUUUAUAAUAAUCUUUAGUUAAUUCUAUUAAAUUUUAUAAUUUUUAAAAUCCAAGAAAAAUUAAACCCCUUAAGAGCAAAUAAGUUUUUUCUGCUCUAUUUAAAUAGGAGACGUAAAUAUUUCAGCAGACCAAAAGACUAUCAAAUUAAUUUACAAUUAAAUCCAGAUUUAUUCGAAGAAGAAUUGGAUAAAAAAUCUGCUUACAAAUCAGAUACCCCUUUGGAAUUUGAAAGAACUCAUUUAUUUACUUUUGAGCCUAAUAAAGAUCAUUUAUUAACUUGAAGUUCUGAUUUAGAAUAUUCCCACUCAGAAGAUAUGUCCAAUUCUACACAAAAAUUAAGUGAAGCCAUAACCCCAUUUAAUUUGUCAAUUGUUGAUAGAUUUCCUAAAGUUUUUUCUGAUUCUUUAACACUUACCCCCCCCCCCUCCGUGAGCGAACAAAACCAUUAGAAAAAUCGCCAUUUUUUGACCAAAAACCCACCCUCCGUGAGUGAACAAAAAUUUUUUUAAUAGAAAAAAUUUUAAUGGAAAAAAAUUUUGAUAUAUAAGUGAUAAUUAGUAUAAUGAAAUCUAGAGCUAAUUCUGUUUAAUUUUAAACAAAUUGCGUUUUUAAAGCAUAAAUUUUGCAAAUUAAAUUAAUAUUUGCUUCCCAAUUUUUGCAAAUUAGGAUUUUUUUAAAUUUCGAAAAAAAUAUUUUUUAUAAAAUUUAUAUAUAAAUUUUUUUUAAAAAAAAAAAAUUAACCCCCCUCCGUGAGCGAACAAAAUUUUUUUGUUCGCUCACGGAGGGGGGGGGGGGAGUUAGUGAAUCUUCCAAUGCUCAGCAGCUUUCUCUAGAACAGACAAAUCGAAAAUCAAUUAUCGAUUAUACUGAAUCUUUAGACCUGGAAUAUUACCCAGUAGAAGUCGUAGAAAUUAUCCAUAACUCCCCCAAAAUAAAGCGCAGCAAAAUCAGUAGCUUUUCAACCCCAUUAAUUUCUCCUAAAAACUGCAAUUUAUCAAUUCAAGACAUCCAGAAACAAUUCGCUUUACUAGACUCCCGAAUUACAAGCGAAACUAUAGACGCUUCUCUAAGCGACUUUGGCAAAGGCUCAGCCUCCCCUGUUUCUCGCCUCGAGACAGCUGCUUUUUCUUCCUCCGUUGAUGGAAAAACCCCAAGUACAUCCUACCAAUCCCAAGACACAAAAUCCAAAAACUGUCGCUGCAACAACUGUGAGAUAUUUUAA